AUGAGGAUUCUUCUUUACUAUUCACACCCGUUGGAGCCGGCUUCCAAAGUAAAUAAGACCCUCCUAGACAAGGUGCGCGACCAGAAGAAUAUAAAGAUACGGCAUCUCGAUGGGCUAUAUCCCGCCCUCGUUUUAUCCAAAGAGCAGAUAGCCGAGGAGCAGCGACGCAUCGAAAAGGCAGACGCCAUCUUCUUCCAGUACCCAGUGUAUUGGUAUAAUUGUCCAGCAUCUAUGAAGGCAUUUCUGGACUGUGUGUUCACUAUAGAAUGGGCAGGGGGUGCUCAGAAGCCACUUGCACAGAAGAAGUGGCGCGUAAUAAUGACCUGCGGAGCUACCUUAGAUAGUUACAUGGAAACCAUAACGCCUUAUGAAAUAUCAAGACCUGUGUGUGCCAUGGGUCGGCUUUUUCAAUGCAUUGUCUUGAAGCCAUUUGCCAUCUUUGGAGAUGAUAAUUUAGAAGAAGUUUUAUCACAGUACGUUACUCUGUUCAAUGAGGACUCCAAGUAG